CUGCAAGAUUGAUCGAAUUUCAACAUAUUAUUCUUGUAAUGACGGUGGAAGCGAACGAAGUAGAAGCGAACGAAGUAGUUGCUCAUACAAGUAAUGAGGAGGCACCUCCCGCGGUUCCCCAGCCUCCACCGCGGCGGCCCAGGGUGAGAGAAGUCAGCUCCAGGUUCAUGUCUCCGGUGUCAUCCUCCCACUCUUCAGGUGACCCCUCGAAAUCUAUACUUCACAAACAGCACCGUUCAGUCUCAUCGCAACGGCAGAGACAUCAAACGGAUACGGAGGCGGACGAGAACUUGCCCGCGCCUUGCGAGACUCCGCGACCCUCUGAAUUGCCGUCGAAAAAGAAGCAUCGUCAUUCGAGAACCUUUAUCGAUGGUAGCAAAUUGUUAGGGAGAAACACAAGUACUCCUUUGAGGCCUGAUACGCCCACUAUUGAAAGAACUGCUUCGUUACCACCAUCAACAACGAUGAGACUAAACCAACGAGGCGCAAACAUUUCAUCGACAGCCAAGGUCUCAGCCGCCGCUAAGCUGCUGCAUUCGAGUGGGAUCGCCUUAUCAUCAAAACCCAAUGCUUUGUUUUCCUCUCUGGAAUCCCCUGCUAUGUCCCGUAUAGAUUUGGUUUCUUCCAUGCCUGAUGCAGAUAAGUUACACUCCGAGUCUACUCGAUUGCAAGCGGAUCUAAACGCGAAUACCGACAGAGACUCGUCGAAACUCCCUCCUUUCCUUUUCUCCCGCUCUCUGAAUUCACCAUUAUCGACUUCAGAUAUUUCUCUGUUUCAUCAUCAUAAUGGACUAAUGAAGGGAAAAUCUGCUAAGAUAACCCCAUUUUCACUACCUCCUGUCCCUUCCCAUUCAAAGCCCGGGACCGAUGCAACAAGGGCGUCGAAGAAAGUUUCUCGUCAUCAAGAAGAUUUACAUUCCCUGAAACUGCUUUACAAUUGUUACUUGCAAUGGAGAUAUGCCAAUGCCAAGGCAGAAGCCUCCACUCAAAUUCAGAAAAGAGAGGCUGAGAGAAUGCUUUAUUCUCUUGAGGUGAAGAUAUCAGAGUUGUAUGAUUUUGUGAGAAUGAAACGCAUGGAGCUUCAACUUCUGCAAAGAAUGAAUACCUUAUCAAGAAUUCUUGAAGCUCAAAUGCCAUAUCUGGAAGAAUGGUCUGAUUUCCAAGGGGAUUAUUUGAAUUCAUUGUUCGAGACUAUUCAAUCAUUGUCGAACAUUUCGGUUCAACUUCCGAUCAGUGGGAAUGUCAAGGCAGAUGCAAGAGAGAUAGGGGAGGCAAUGACUUCUGCAAUGAAACUGAUGGAAAUGAUAGUUUGCCAUGUUCAAAGCUUUAUACCAAAGGCUGACGAAAUGGAAAGUUUAGUUUCAGAAUUAGCUAGAGUGGCAAUAAGAGAAAGAUCUGUUAUUGAAGAAUGUGGAGAUUUAUUACACAAGACAAACACCUACCAGGUUGAAGAAUGCAGUUUAAGAGGUCAGCUUAUUCAGUUGCAUGCAGUGGUUUCCUGCACCAAUUAACUCCAACAACAAGAAUAAAAACCAGGCAUUAUUUCAGUCGCUACACAAUCAAGACCGACUCGAAGAAUUCUUUUCUUCUUUUUGUAAUUUUUGGAUGUGAAAGUCUUCACUUUUCGUAAUAAAAUUCACAAAUGAUUCAUC